AUGAAUUUGUACAAUCAUCCGUUACAUUUGUUAAAACAGAAGAAUGGUGAAAAUUAUGUCAAAUGUCACAACAGAGUUGCUACUACUACUACUACUACUACUACUACUACUACUACUACUACUACUACUACUACUACUACUACUACUACUACUACUACUACUACUACUACUACUACUACUACUACUACUACUACUACUACUACUACUACUACUACUACUACUACUACUACUACUACUACUACUACUACUACUACUACUACUACUACUACUACUACUACUACUACUACUACUACUACUACUACUACUACUACUACUACUACUACUACUACUACUACUACUACUACUACUACUACUACUACUACUACUACUACUACUACUACUACUACUACUACUACUACUACUACUACUACUACUACUACUACUACUACUACUACUACUACUACUACUACUACUACUACUACUACUACUACUACUACUACUACUACUACUACUACUACUACUACUACUACUACUACUACUACUACUACUACUACUACUACUACUACUACUACUACUACUACUACUACUACUACUACUACUACUACUACUACUACUACUACUACUACUACUACUACUACUACUACUACUACUACUACUACUACUACUACUACUACUACUACUACUACUACUACUACUACUACUACUACUACUACUACUACUACUACUACUACUACUACUACUACUACUACUACUACUACUACUACUACUACUACUACUACUACUACUACUACUACUACUACUACUACUACUACUACUACUACUACUACUACUACUACUACUACUACUACUACUACUACUACUACUACUACUACUACUACUACUACUACUACUACUACUACUACUACUACUACUACUACUACUACUACUACUACUACUACUACUACUACUACUACUACUACUACUACUACUACUACUACUACUACUACUACUACUACUACUACUACUACUACUACUACUACUACUACUACUACUACUACUACUACUACUACUACUACUACUACUACUACUACUACUACUACUACUACUACUACUACUACUACUACUACUACUACUACUACUACUACUACUACUACUACUACUACUACUACUACUACUACUACUACUACUACUACUACUACUACUACUACUACUACUACUACUACUACUACUACUACUACUACUACUACUACUACUACUACUACUACUACUACUACUACUACUACUACUACUACUACUACUACUACUACUACUACUACUACUACUACUACUACUACUACUACUACUACUACUACUACUACUACUACUACUACUACUACUACUACUACUACUACUACUACUACUACUACUACUACUACUACUACUACUACUACUACUACUACUACUACUACUACUACUACUACUACUACUACUACUACUACUACUACUACUACUACUACUACUACUACUACUACUACUACUACUACUACUACUACUACUACUACUACUACUACUACUACUACUACUACUACUACUACUACUACUACUACUACUACUACUACUACUACUACUACUACUACUACUACUACUACUACUACUACUACUACUACUACUACUACUACUACUACUACUACUACUACUACUACUACUACUACUACUACUACUACUACUACUACUACUACUACUACUACUACUACUACUACUACUACUACUACUACUACUACUACUACUACUAAUCCAAUUCACAUAUCUGAAGAAUAUAGAUAA